GAUUAAAUGCAAAAGUUAAGGCAUUGAACAAUGCUUUAUAUUUCAAAGCAAGAAUCAUUACUCUUUAUUGUCUGUACUAUGCUUAUUACUGUACUGUGGAUUCUAAUACAUAUUAGUAACAGUGAGCCCAGAACUAAGGCUCCAUUGGUUAAUUAAACAGUCUCAAUUGAUUAAAGGACUGCUUUUCUUCAGGAAUAGCCAAUAGUUUUUAAUAGUUACCUUUGAAUAUCCAAAAGGUUUUGGCUCCUGGGCAAUGGAAAAACAACAACAGUGAAGCUUUUCAUCUUCUGAUAUGGCUUUUAGAAUUGUUCAAUAUAUAUUUCAGCUUUCCCUAGCAAAGCAGGUUAUUACACUGUUUAUGUAAGAUUAAAAUAUUAAGAAAAUAUUAAAACGUCCAGAUUGUUUUAAAAUUUUAUUUUUCCGGGCUAGAAAGGGUUAGAUGCACACUUAGGUUGGGUUCCAAUAGCACAAUAAUCCACUGGAAGGUAGAGUAUGGGUUUUUGAAACAUGGGUUAUUGUAUUGUAUUCUCUUGAACCGAGUUGUGCUGCCAAAUCAUGGCUUGUUAACUAUGAACAACCUGCAAUUCAUCAUUAGCUUAAAUUAUGGCUUGUUAGUACAGCUGGGUUAGGCAAUACAAUAAUCCACAUUGUGCAACUGUCAGUUCAUUGAUUAGAACAUGUUGUCUGAAAUCAGAUGGAAAUUUUCACUCGUAAGAAAAACUUAGAAUAUAGUCCUUUUCAGCUUUAUGAUAACUUUUUACAGUUUGUGGCCAUCGUCAUCAUGCAAGAUUACUAAACUUCCCUUGCUUAUAAUAAUUUUAAUGAUUUAUUCUAAUAAUGGAUUUUAUAUGCUUAUUAAUUUUAUUGUAAUUUUAAAUUCAGCUGUCCAUUUCACCUGGACAUGUUUUUUGAAUGAUCUUGGUCAUAUUAUUAUCAUCACUUCAUUUAUAUUUUAAUGAUGGUUUUACUUGUCUAGUUGUAAUUUUGCUAUUGUAUGCUGCCUAAAGAGUCUAACUACUUGACAGUUAUAAGUAUAAUAAAUAAAUAAAGCGGCCGACCUUUUGAAUAUCCCAGAACUAAACCAUAGCCGUGAAUUUCGGAUGGCCUCUGGAAUGAAAGGCACAGCGAUCCGUUGCUUAUACCAGGGACUUUAGCCCCGAAUCCAGGCCGAAACUGCUCUAAAUGAGCUUCUGGAUAUAGGGCUUGCUGAAAGAUCCAGCAACGUCUUGUGUAAAAUAGAGCUGCAACCCAUUGUAAUCGAAGUCCUUCCGAGUCCCUUUGACUUCGCCCUCCCCGCAAGAAGAAAAGUCCGUGCUUAAAGGACACGUGUUCACCCAAAAUUUGCUCUGCCGCCAACUCGUACGUAGUUCUGCCCCUCAUAUCUCAAACCAUUGCAGUAAAUUACUCAUCAUUGCUCAACCAACCCAACAAGAAAAGGCAUAUUAUACACCUUUAAGGGCAACAAGCAAAUGAACUCGGGGUGAGGGUUUAAAGUUUUCUGGAGAAGGCAACUUCCGAUGCAGUCUUUAACCAAAGAAGUGACGCCUGCCGAGCCCCCGGUCGGACUCUGCCUUGAGUCUCGGAGGUCGUUUUGCUCCUUGCGGCGCAGUGCGAUCUCCUUCCACGGCAGCAUUUUCCGGACUGAACAUGCCCAGUAGCAUCGCCUGAAGCCACCCGCGCCCUGGCUUUGCCCUCUGCGCUGAGAUCGGACCCGAAUGCUAUUAUAGAGGACAAGCCGGGAAGGAAGUAGCUGUGUCGGUCGAAGCCUGCAGCAUCCCGUUUCUUCGCUAUGGGCAGCCACGAAGCGGCGAGUCUAGAGACCGUUUGUUUUUAACUGUUAAGGCAAUGACAGGCCACAGGCUGCCAAUGAAGAACCCAGAAGGCUCAGCAAAGAGCAGAUGUUUAGUUUGGUAGCGACAGCGUCAAUCAACUUCUGUUCAAUGAUUUGUUAUUCAAUCCUAGGACCCUUCUUUCCAAGAGAGGCAGAAAACAAAGGUGCCAAUACUACAAUAGUUGGACUGAUUUUUGGAUGCUUUGCGUUAAUCAACUUCUUGUCUUCUUUGAUAAUGGGAAAGUAUCUUGUACAAAUUGGAGCCAAGUUUAUGUUAGUCGCUGGAAUGUUUGUCUCAGGAUGGGUUACAAUUCUUUUUGGGAUGUUGGACAGAGCACCUAAUGGGCCAGUAUUCAUAGGCCUGUGUUUUUUGGUACGGGCAGUGGAUGCCAUUGGUUUUGCUGCAGCGAUGACCGCCUCAUUUUCUAUUCUUGCAAAGGCUUUUCCCAACAACAUCGCUACAGUUCUGGGCAUCCUUGAAAUUUUUACUGGACUUGGAUUGGUGUUGGGCCCACCUAUUGGUGGCUUUUUGUACCAGACAUUUGGCUACGAGGUCCCUUUUAUUGCACUUGGAUGUUUAGUGCUACUCAUGGUGCCUCUGAACAUGUACCUCUUGCCAAGUUACGAUGCAGUUCCAAGCAAAGAUUCAUUCUGGAAGCUUACGCUCUUACCAAAAGUCCUACUCCUGUGUCUGACUAUGUUUUCAUUAAGUGGAAGUUUAGGCUUUCUCGAUCCCACGAUGUCACUGUUUGUCUUGAAAAAGUUCAAAUUGCCAGCUGGCUACGUCGGAUUAGUCUUCCUGGGGUUAGCACUAUCUUAUUCCUUGUCUUCACCACUGCUUGGUUUUCUAAGUGAUAAAAUGCCGCAUUUAAGAAAGUGGCUGUUGGUCCUUGGAAGCUUUCUGGCAUCACUGUGCUAUUUUUUCCUGGGACCAGCUCCCAUCUUGCACAUUGACAGCAAACUUUGGCUCUUUGUACUAACAUUGGUCCUGAUUGGCUUUUCACUUGGGAUGAGCCUCAUGCCACUAUUCCCAGAGGUACUCUCUACUGCAUAUGAAAAUGGAUUUGAGGAAGGGUUAAGUUUGUUAGGGCUGAUAUCUGGACUCUUCAAUGCGUGCUGGUCACUCGGGUCUUUUGUAGGACCAACACUAGGUGGAUUCCUAAAUGACAAGCUGGGGUUUGAAUGGGCUGCAGCCAUACAAGGUGGAUUCCCCCUGUUAAGUGCACUAGCUAUGGGAAUUUUUUAUAUCCAUGAAGCCUCACAUAGAAGAUCACGUUCUGCAACUCUUCAGGGAACAGAGCAAGAAACCUCACCUCUUAUCCGGUGAAUUGGAAGUCUGUUUGAAUCUCAACUCAUGGAACUAAUUCAGAAACGUAACUCACAAAAGAAGGCACAUGCAGACAACUCUAAAACAUGGCUGACCCGUUCAUGCUGCCCUAGUAUGACCAGUGGGCUCUUGAUAGGUGCAGGGGAUUGCUGUCUUAGCAGGGAAAUGGCUUUUCACUUUCCUGAGACCAUAUGUUUGAAGCUGGUGCUACGUGGGAGUGUCAAAAGUUGUCUGGUGGACAGAAGGAGUAUUUUGCACAGUGAGAAAUUGGGCAUCGCACAAGAUGGCGUAUGUCCAGUAAUACUAAACUUUUGUACUUCAGCAUCACUAAUUGUCAAUAUUUAAUAAACCUACUGCAGGUCCAGAAGUACGUUUUGUUACUACUUUUCAAAGAAUUCUGUGUUGCAUUUCUAAAGGAAUACCAUGAUUUAAAACUGCUGCUAAUUUAAAAUAAAGGAGUAUGAUACUAAGUUAAAA